GUGUGGCUUAUUUCGUGCGGGGUUUUACUCAGGCGGUGGGGGCGGCGGCGGCGGCGGCCCCGGAGGCGGCCCAGGAGGCGGCCCCGGCACCGGCGCCGGCGCGGGCCGCUCGAGGUCGUCGAGGACGCGCUGCACCGUGCCGCGCGCGUCGGACUCGACGGCGACGAGGCCGAAGAUGUGCUCGGCGCAGAGUGCGGCGAAGGCCUCGCAGGGGUCCAAAGUGGGGUAGAGCCGCAGGCUCGUCUGCGCGAGCGCUUCGAGGAACCGGUUGUACUCGAGCCGCCGUGCGCCGCGCGCGGCGACCUUCGCAAACACGAGGUCGGCGUCGGCCGUCGCGAGCCGCGCCGGGAGGUCUGGCGACUCCGACACCAGCUUCGCCCACUGAGUGCGGUCGACGCCGCGCUCGACGCCGUCGCGCGGCUUGCGGCCGAGGUCCGCGUAGUGCCGGAAGAUGGCCUUGAGCGCCUCGUGCGUGGUGUAGCCCUCGGCCGGCGCGAAGCGCUCGUUGAUUGGCGGGGGCUCCAUCAGGCAGCCUGGUCUGAGGUGAUAGCUCCAGGGCAGCCAAAAACUGCUCGCAAGAUGGUUUCCCUCUUUUGUGAUGGGGCAGCUGGCCUCCUCUGAUGCGAUGCAGACGCCUCCUCGGUAUGCCAGACAGCUAUCAGGUCAAAAACACUCAAAUCG